AUUUCACAUUAGUGAUAAUGUAAACACGACACAUUAUCAUAACUGCAGCUGAGCGUCAAACCACUUCAGCAUAUUGAUUUUGUGGACAGACACAAACAAUCAUUUUCAUGUAAUUUGAUAAUGUUUUAGAUCCUGAUGAUAUCAAAAAAUGGAUGUGUUUGUAUUGUACCUUAAUGGAGCUGGAAGAUGAUACAUAAACAUUGAUGUACACCAACAAUCCAGUCCCCAAAAAGUUCAUUCAAGAAAAUAAUUCUACAGGACUCUUGAAAUCUACGAGACGUUUGUAGGUUUGAAUAUGGUGAAGAUCGCUGUGUUGGGGUGUGGGCUCAUGGGAAGCAAGAUAGCAGGUUGUAUGGCAUACCAUGGACACAAGGUUAAAAUCUAUGACUCAAACACAGCCGCACUUGAUGCUCUCCAUGACAACCUUGAAGUAGAUAAGAAAGAACUGAAACAAGAUGGACUCAUGAUUCAUCCUAACUUUCUGGGUCAAGUUCUUUGUAUCAGUCGCCUUGAAGAGGCAGUCCGAGAUGCUGAAUUCAUCUUUGAAGCUGUUGUUGAAGAUCUCCAAGUCAAACAAAACCUCAUCAGAGAAGUGUCUCAUCUGUGUAGUUCAGACACAGUAAUCAGCACAAACACACUUAAUCUUGAUAUCCGAGCCAUUGCAGAGAAAGCUGCAUAUCCAGAGAGAGUAGUUGGACUACGGUUUCUGAAUCCAGUAUAUGCCGUUCCAGAGGUUGAGAUUAAUCCAACUGCAUUCACUGCACAAUCAUGUGUCGAGAAAGUGAGGCAGUUUCUAGAGGGGAUUGGUAAGACAUUAUUUUUCCGGUCCGGCAGAGAUGCACUGAUCCUCAGCCCAGAGCAGAUCAACUCAAGAAAACUAGCAAGACGUCAGCAACUGUUACGACAGCAUGGAAUGUUAGGUAUCCCUGAUCGAGGGAUGCCGCACCUGAGCCAUAGCGGUAAUAUGACGCCCCCUCAAGAUGAUGAAUGUGCGGCUGUUGUUAACCGUGACUGUGCGAUCUGUAUGGAUAGGCCACGAGACUGCCUUUUAUGUCCAUGUCAUCAUCUUGUUACAUGUCAUGAUUGCGCUAAAUCCUUGAUGAACCGAAGAGAUUUCUGUCCCAUUUGUCGUAAGGAGAUAACAGAAACUAUCAGGGUGUAUACGUCAUAGAUUAAUUAAAAGUCAAAUUUAACAAGUGCAAUUGUGGAAUAGACCUAAAGUCACAAAUUAUUAUUUUAAAGUAUUCUAUUUGAUGGUGUUCUUAAAGGUAUGGUCAUAGAUUGAUUUGUCUCAUUGUAAUGCUGAUUUAUUGGCCAAAUUGUCAAUAAAGAUACAAUAAAAGUCAUGUGAACUUUUAUACAAUGUCAUUGCAAUGAUGUCUAAAAGUAUAGUCGCGCGAUGCAGCCAAUUGUAGGUACAUGUUUAGUUUUUAACCCUUCCUUGAGGAAAUUAAAUAUUUUUGUUAAAAGAGAUGUAAAUAUAACACCAAACCAUUUUUUCUGACUACCAUAAAGUUCAAUAAUGUUUAAGGAAGUCAAAUAAUCGAGCAGAUUUAACCUAAAUCUCAACUGGAUUUGGUUUAACAAUUACCUUGCUAGUCUUUUAAAAAUAAGGCAUUGUGAGCCUGCAGCAGUAAUUGUGUACAUUAAAACAUUAAAUACAAAAAGCUAUGUGCCCUGUUGCCUACCUGUAGCAAUAUUCAUACACUAAAGAAACACAGCACACCAUCGACUUUGGCUCUUCUAUUGGCUUUGGCUUCAUCAGCCUUUCCGAAGACCUGUACCAAAAGUGAACAGUUUCAAAAUAACUGCCAUGGCUAAGCCAGAGUCCGUUGAAUCUGAAGCCGUGGUUUUAAAAAGUGGCUAUUUAUGGAUAAAUGUUGAAAUCUGUAUUGUGCUUAAAGAUGGCCGAGUGUAUUAUGGAUGUUUAGGAAUACAAAAUAUAAGUACAAAUACAUUUUCCUGAGGCUGGAAAUAACUGUUAUAAAUCUGUUGGUGAAGCCAUGGAGGUAGAAGCUAUCCUAUGUUUUGAUUAAUAAGCGUUGACUAUCAUUGUCAGUCUGUAGAGGAUUAGAGUAUCUUGUUGAUAUGUGACAUAACUCACCUGUAAGCCAAGCACACUUCACACCAACUGUCUCAAAUAGUUGCUAGAAUCAAUAUUGAGCUAGUUUGGUUUUGAGGAUUUGUCAGAAAAUGUAGUCCUCGGACUUGCCUUGUAAUGUACACAGACUCAGAAAGUUUUGGUCCUAAUAUUUGCUGUUGUUUUUGUGUGUUUACAAGCGCAUUGAUAAUUUUUUGGGAAUUGCGCUAUAAAAGGGCUGGUUUUAUUAUAAGCCAUGCCUUUAAAUAAUGAAAUGAGUGAUCCAGCCAGAACAAGUGAAAACCUCCCAUGCUACAUGUACAUGCUCAAGCAUAGAGUGCUCAAGGACUGUUCCUAGCUCUAUGGCUCAAGCAUGCAAAGAGGACAUCAUUACCCGAUCAACAUGUUGAUUUCUUACUCCCAAAAUAAUUUCAGAACCCCACAACUGAUAAGAUAUUUCCACUGUUGCCACAACACUGAGUAGAUGUUAUGUUUACUCACCCUAGACCUUUAAGGCAGUGGUUGAAGUUUCCUGGUAGACCCUCCAGAGGGCAGCCAUCUUGUCAUGUAAAUCUAACACCAUCUACAAGUAACAAGCUGGCAAGGAGACUAAUAGUCUGUGCCCACUCAUUUAAUUUGAAUUAAUGGUGUCUUUACACUACUUGUAUUCAGGGGACCUGACAAAGAUCAUUAAUUAAGAUGAUGUAGCUGAUGAUAAAUUUCAAUAGAACCUUUCUUUUGUUUUACAAACAUUGACCACCAUUGGUCACAUUGAUCACUGUGUUGGUAGAAAUCUGCCUUUUUAAUCAAGUAUUUAAAAAAACUGUUUAUGAAGAAUAUGUCCACUGUUGUUUUGGGUAGGACAGUUGACUUACCAGUAUGCAGACAGUGUGACGUAAUAAAGGUAAUUUGAUAGCACGAUUGUAAAUACACAGUUGUAUUUUUUUUUGCAGUGAAGGCUGCCCAAACUUUUGCCUAUCUUAGAUGUCGCACAAGAAAGAUCUAUAAAAUUAUGACAUUUCACCAAAGUAUGUAUAUUUGAAACUGUAGAUAUUUUGUAUGCUAAGAUGAAUUUGACCAAAUAAUUUAUUUCAAAAACAUUCAAGAACACAACUCUGAAGUCAAAAGAGAAGUGAUUAUGCUACUAAGUUGCAGUUUUUAUGACCAGUGCAAUCAUUUAUCUUAUUGAAGAUGUAAAUUAUUUGUAUGCAUUGAUCAAAAACGUUUGUUGUCUAUUUCUCAAGGUCUGCAAAACAUAAUGAAUAUAAUCAUGUUUUUAUUGAACUAAGUGUGUAUAGCAGGGCUAUAAUUUGGAUGGACAGUCCACAGACCGUAGGACAGUCCACAGACCGUAGGACAGUCCACAGACCGUAGGACAGUCCACAGACCGUAGGGCAGUCCACAGACCGUAGACAGUCCACAGGGCUUGUAGCUAAACAUGUUUACUAGACCACUGUUUUAUAAGACGGUAUUCAAAGAGAGAAAAAUUGGCUGAUGCAGUAAUCAGUGUGUAUUCAUUUGAACAAAUACUAUAACAUGAAAGAGAAGAGUUAUCUUGUUUGAAUAAAUACUAAAACAUGAAAGAGAAGAGUCAUCUUGUUUGUCUUUCUAUUAGAAUUUAAAGGUAUUUAUUGAACCCAGAAUUAAUAUUUAAAAAUUAUGUAUUAUUCAAUAAACAAUUUAGCUGGUAGAUUUUUAAUGUGGUCUGGUACAAUGACGUGCUUAAAUUUGAAUUCCUCAGACUAUCAAGACAAAUUCUAUGUCACAUGAUAAGGGGCAAGCUUUUGCGUAGAUCAUCAAUACAUAAUUUUGAUUGAAUCUGUAUGGGACAAUGGUACCUGGGUUUGCUCAUCUUGAAGUUGCUAUGCAAAGGCUUGCCCUGAACCAUUUGAGAUAGCAACUGUCUCUAUAGUCUGAGGAAUUCAAAUGUAA